AGACUCGGAGUCCCUCGUAAGAAUUCCCAUCUUCCUUCACUCUAAAAAAUCGACAAUAUGCAGUCUCUCUCCCAUCUUCCCUCCCCUCACUUCUUCAUUCUUUCCCUCUUCCUCUUCUCUACCCUCUCGUGCCUCACAGUCACCGCAGCAACAUGCCACGUCGACGAUGAGUCAGGCCUGCUUGCCUUCAAAUCGGGUAUAACAUCAGACCCAUCCGGAAAGCUCAACUCAUGGAGCCCCGGUACCGAUUGCUGCAAGUGGUACGGCAUAACAUGUGGUGAUAAUAACCGGGUCACAACUAUAACCUUUAACGGCCAACCCGACAACUCCACCACUUUUUUAUCGGGUACCAUCUCACCCUCUCUCUCUAAACUCCACUCCUUAAACGGUAUUUACCUCCAAGACACCGGUACCCUUUCGGGUACUUUCCCUUCUUCACUUUUGACGCUACAAAAUCUCCAAUACGUUUACAUUGAAAACAACAAGUUAUCGGGUCGAAUACCCGGAAACAUAGGUGACUUAACCGGACUUGUUGCGUUUAGUGUAGCCGGAAAUAGUUUUUCAGGUCCGAUACCGAGUUCAGUCUCCAAGUUGACUCAACUGAUUCAGCUCAAAUUCGGUGGAAAUCUUCUCACUGGCACCAUACCCAUCGGAAUUCAGCAGCUUAAAAACCUGACCUUUCUUGAUUUGGGCCCGAACCGACUCACCGGAACCAUACCCGAUUUUUUCUCAUCCUUAACUGAACUCAGAAUUCUUAGACUUUCUCACAACAAAUUGUCAGGGACAAUUCCGCCUUCAAUUUCAUUACUUUCAUCUAAUCUUAUUUACCUAGAGCUAGGCCACAAUGCUCUAACUGGACAAAUCCCAAAUUUUCUUGGCAAAUUCCACGGACUUGACACCUUGGAUCUCUCUUGGAACAGAUUAUCUGGAACCGUGCCAAAAAGCUUCGGGAACCUCACCAAAAUCUUCAAUCUUGAUCUAUCUCACAAUAUUCUUGUCGACCCAUUUCCUGAAAUGAAUGUGAAAGGCAUUGAAUCACUGGAUUUAUCAUACAAUGGAUUUCACUUGGGGGAAAUUCCCAAAUGGGUUACUUCUUCGACUAUAAUAUAUUCUCUCAAGCUAGCAAAAUGUGGGAUCAAGACCAAUUUAGACAAUUGGAAGCCAGUGGAGACUUAUUUCUACGACUACAUUGAUCUUUCAGAGAAUGAAGUAUCGGGCAGCCCAGUUGGGCUACUGAACCGAACCAAUUACUUGGUGGGUUUUUGGGUUGAAGGUAAUCGGGUACGGUUCAAUAUGGAGAGCUUGAAAUUUCCCAAGACAUUGAAGUACUUGGAUUUGUCGAGGAAUUUGGUCUUUGGGAAAUUGCCAGUGGCCAUUUCUGGGCUUGAGAAGAUGAAUGUCAGUCAUAACCAUUUGUGUGGAAAGAUCCCGGCGACGAAGUUUCCGGCGAGUGCAUUUGUUGGGAAUGAUUGUCUAUGUGGUCCUCCGUUGCAACCCUGCAAAGUGUAGAGCAACUUUACUAAGGCAGUGUUGGCUUUGUUGUAAUGACCAUAUUAGAAAUAAAAUGGUGAUUUCCUAAAAUUCCUAGUAGAAUGAUCCAUUCAUUUCA